AUGGAAAAUUGGGAACUGAAGGAUCCCAUGUCGGAGGAGAUUAGUGGCUGCCGUUGGGCGCCAGGUGGGACAUCUGCCCUGGCUGUGGACGACGGUUGGCGGUCCACUUCGGGAGCUGGCAGACGAUGGAAAGCAGCGCUGUCGCGGGCUCAUAGUGUGGGUGGUGACCACCCGCUGAGGAACGUCUCGUGGGCGUUCCUGGACAGCGUCGUUGACAGCGGAAGAGCAGUCUACUUCUUCGCGUACACCUGUGGCGAUAUAUACCUGGAAGCAGCGCGGAACGCUAAUGCUUUAGCACUACCUCCUCUCGAGUAUGCGUGCGCUCUAGUCUCGUUGGCGUUCCUGAUUCCUAUUGCUGUGCUGCAAGAUUAUGAGUCGCGAUUUGGGAUAACGGGAAGGCUGUGCUUGAGGUGGUGCGAGGUGUUCCACCACUCCUGCUGUUUGUUCGCUCCAGACGCGGUCCAGCUACUCUGGGUGUCUACAUGCAGAUACGCCCGAGCAACAGGGGAAGCUACGGUGGCAGUGAUCGAAAGGACGGGCGAUUUCGUGAUGGGUGUUUACUUGGCGGUCACGCUACUAUUGUCUCUGCUGGUGUAUUUACCACGAUUGGUUUAUGAGAGCGUGGAAGCCGUGCUGGGAGGGCCGAUCGGCGUAGUUGCUAUAGCAAUGGGCUGCAUUAUUACUGGGCGUGUCGUCCCUGUAAGACGCCAGGACUGGGGUCGAACUUUGGAGCGUCUACGCGGAGUGCAAGUGAAAGGAACGCCUACGGAGGCUCAAGCUGCGAGCGUAACGUCGGAUGGAACGCCGACGGGUGGCAUUCUCGAAGUGGCGGCUGAUAAGACCGUGCGGCCGUCGUCGGGCGAAGGGCUCGGCGAGGGCGCCGAGGGUCGGUCGGGGAGAACUGUCACGGUCUACAGCUAG